GUCAGGAGCAAAACAACAAAAUUUAGAAAAAGUCGAUUUAAAACUACCUCAAUUGACCAAUUUCAUUAACCAUUGUGUAUACAAUUGAGAAAUGAAAGUCCAUUGAUUCUUCAUUUUGGGCCUGGGUCAUUCGGAGUCAAUAGAUGUUUAAUUAAUGAGUAUGUGAUGAUCAACCUGGUCCUGGUCGAACGAGAGGAAAAUGGGGAACAGUCAACCAGGCAGAGGCGAGGUGGGAGGGAAUACCUUUUCCAACUGGCCGAUGCGUUUCCACAAUGUCCACAGCAACAACAUCGGCCUCGCGGUGGACAAGAAGCGCGCUCGACGUAUCGAAAGCUUCUGUAAAGGAAUCUGUUUUGGGAGUAGACCAGUCGGUCUCAUGGAGAAAGUUUACAUCAAGUUUGCAGAGACGUCCACAAGUUGGAGCGGUGUUUUGAGAUUUGGGUAUUCAGCUCACGACCCUGCCACGAUAAAUGGCAGCACCUUGCCCCGCUACGCUUGUCCAGACCUAACAAAUAAACCUGGUUAUUGGGCAAAGGCGCUUGGAGAACGAUAUGCUGAAGUGGGAAAUGUAGUGUACUUUUAUCGGCUGAGGAAUGGCGAUGUGAUGUUUGGUGUUAAUGAUGAAGAAAAGGGAUUGUUUUUGACUUGUGUCAAUCCCAAUUUACCUCUGUGGCCUUUAGUUGAUGUUUAUGGAAACACUGUCGCGAUGGAAUUUGUUGAUGGUCGGCAGUUCAACAACGUCACAGCCUCGUUAUCAUCUUCAGUAACGCCACCUGUCUCUCCACCAGCAAACGCUAAUGAAGAACUUAAUCGAGCAUCUCUUAAUGGACAACAAUUCGAAUCGGCAAACACAAACCUCCCGAUACGCUACCAUAGGACAUGCCAGUUUGCGCCUUUACCUUUCCAUGUUUUGCAUGGACGAAAUAUUAUUCUAACAGGCGAUGGAACCAUCGCCGCUCGGACUACGGAAGAAUAUUGUAAUGCGUAUGUGUUUACGCCUCGACCAAUGAAAAUCGGCGAGAAACUUGUGAUACAGGUGUUGGGGAUCGAUCGCUCCUUCUACGGCGGGAUGACCUUUGGUAUGACGUCAAGUGACCCAAGUGGUCUUCAUCAAACAGAUUUGCCCGAUGAUGCAGACUUGUUGCUUGAUCGACCAGAGUAUUGGGUAGUCAACAAGGACAUUUGUAAUAUACCAGAACUUGGAGAUGAAAUAAGUAUUUAUUUAAGUGAAGAAGGUGAAGUGCAUUAUGGACGUAAUGGCAACCAUGUAGCUGUCUUACUUCACAUCGACAAGACAAUACCGAUGUGGGCUUUCUUUGACGUUUAUGGCAAUACACAGAAAAUCAAGAUGUUAGGUGUGUUUGAAGAGAGAGACAAUAACGCCUUGAAUGAUGUGACGUCUGCCAUGCAUGGCCUCACAGUGGCUCUGCCGCAUUCUAAUAGCCCCGGGUCAAAUCGAGGUGGUAACCCACCCAACCCGCCACCCCGACCAAACCUACGCCACUCCAGUCUCCUGCCGCAAAAUGUCGCGAAACCAAUUCUGGAGAAAGCCCAAGGUGGAGCCAGUGGUACCAGUAACAUGUCACGUCAACCAAUGUCGAUGCCCGGGAUGAAGAGACCCCAGGAUCUCGAUGAAAUGAACGAGUGCUCAAUCUGUUUUGAACAGCCUGUUGAUUCCGUCUUGUAUACGUGUGGGCACAUGUGCACAUGUUAUGACUGUGCUCUCAUCGUCAAGGAGAAAGGACAGCUCUGCCCGAUAUGUCGCAAGGAAAUCAAAGAUGUGAUAAAGAUUUAUAGGUCUUGAUUUUGUAAUGAACUGCCAAAAUUAGAGAUUUUGUUUCCAUUCUGAAUUCAUUGAGCACAGGGAUACUGGACAAUACAAUGUGAGAUUGGUGGAUAUUAUCAUAUAUCAUCCUGUGUUAAACCUUUAAGCAUUGAAAUACAAGUUGGGUGUCUUCGCACUUAAAAUUGAACAGCUUUGACCUGUUGAAUUUAGUGGGCUAGCAUUUAUACAUGGUUACACUAGUUAGUUGUGCUUGAAGCUCCCCUGAAUCAUUUCUUGGAUGAAAGGGCAUAAGAACAUUACCCUUCAGUUCUUGUUUUUGCCUUGAACUUUUUUGUUGUGUAAUUUAAAUUCUCACUUCUGUCUUUUAAAGAUGAUUAUUUUAUGUUAAUUUAUAGCAAAGUGUGCUGAAUUUCCUAUUUUACGCAGUUGUAUUUUUUUCUUCGAGUUCGCAUGGCAGCAUUUCUUGUAGCAAGAAAUAGCUGACUGGUAUUUUGCUCAAGUAGUUUCAUAAUGGUUUCAUUGAAGGGUUAUUGUUUAAAACUGGGGAAAGAAGAAAAAAGAAUGAUGAAAAACUAUUAGCAGUGCGAGUAAUUGUUGCCUCCCAAGAAAAAGAGUCAAAAUUGUCAAAUUUUUCUCUCAGGUAUAUUUUUCUGUUGUGUUGAAUUUCAUGUGUACCAAGUGACAUGUCGAUAUUUCACCAUACUGGUCCAUGCAUAAGGGGGUCAAGAAAAAUUAUGAAAUAUGGGUGAAUUGAAUCUAAUUGACAUCAUAUUGAGUGGUAAAUUAAUAGUGGCAAGCAUUUAUUCAUCUACUUGGGCACAUAAUCACAUUAUAGAUGUAGUUGAGUUGGUUAUAACUUUGUUUGAGAGUUUCAUUUCAAAGUGUAAUUAUUCUGAGAAACAUUAUUGUGAUGAUACCGUUAUAACCAAACUGUAGUGUAACAUUGUCACCCGAUAUCAGCGCACAAGACCACAGUACGAUCACAAUGUAUGCAUGUACAGUGGAACAUCCCAUAGCGAACACCUCUCUAUCAAGGACACUAGUUUUGGUCCUAAGUUGAUUAUCAACAUUCAAUUCGACCUCUCUAAUCAGGACACUUCUCUCUUCAGUAUAGUCCUGAGGGUGUCUUUAAUAGAGAGGUUCUACUGUAUCAUAGUUGCAUAUAUAUUUCACCAUGAUACAUUGUAUUAUAUUCCGUGGACAAUGUGUAAAUGUACCCAUGGUAAUUGAGAUGCCUUCCUUGCUGGUUAUAACUUAUUGACCAUAGUUAUUACUUCUCUGACAUAGAAAAGUUGAUUAAUUGCUCCGAUACUCCCAAGUCUGACUUGACCUGCUGGCCAACACUGACCCAAAUGGUCAGGCCAUUUUCUGCCCCCCUCCCCUCGUCACAAGGCUUCGCCACAACAGCUGGGGAUGAAGCAAAUACGAGCUUUUGUUUUGGUUGAAACCUUUUUUAUCAUGUGGAUAUAAAUCCAAUGGUAAGCCGGCUUGGGAAAACACAGCAUUUCUGUUAUCUUGUUCCAAUCAUAAACUAAUGUGUUAAGCGACGUUGUCAAUCAAUCUCGUUCUGUUGCCUGUUUGAGAAAUCAUGUGAAGUGAUUCUAUGCAAAGAUUAUGGUUAAAUAUUUUGUUACUUGAGACUUUCCUUCAGUACAUAUACAUGAUUUGGCUAAGUAAUUGCCAAGAGAUGGCUGAAAGGACCAAUCUAAAUGGGUUUAGUCAAAUGAAUGCAUCUGUACUGAAUGGGUGGUCCCUAAAAACACUGUUGUUACCCUUUAUUGAAAACCUCUACAGAAUGCAGGUUCUGGCAAGUUAUGUUAUGGUUCUUGUUGUGAGGUUUCUGAUCCUAUGAGCACAUUUUCAUACCAUUAUUUCGGUUGACUUUCUCUUGCUAUUGUUACAGUUUGGAUUGUGGAGAUCGUCAUGGAUUCAGCAUGUUUCUGUUGUGAUCAUUGUCCCAACAUUGUAACUUAUUCCGCUCGGGGCAUCAUGAGACAUAUAGCUUACCUUGUCCAUUAUAUUGUAUCUCAAUCAUGUGAAAAAUGUUGUAUUGAAAAUCAUGGAAGCACAAUUGAACAACUGUUCAAUGUGCUUUGGCAGGGAGGGGAAAAGACAAUUUAAUACCAUUGCUAUUUCUGGUUGGUCACGAACCUUUUUGAGUAAGAUAACGUCACAUGCACUAAUCAAGUUAUCACGAAGCCUGUGUACAGUGUAUAUUAUGCUUGUUCAUAAUGACUCAUACUUAUCAAUAAAAAUUGAUGAAAGACA